AUGUCACAGGCCGAACUGACACUGUCCAAUUUGGUCGACGGGAGCGCGCACACAUUUGUCCUUCAUGGAACUGGUUUGAAACCGGUUUCUCUUGGUUUGAUCAAACUUUCCUGUCAAAUUGGUGGCUGCAAUCCGGAACGAGGAGAUCGAGGAGAUCUCAUGGACCAGGCGGAACAAUUUCAUCCGUUCACAAUACCAGUACCGAAUCACACCUCGAAAAAACAAUGCUAUCGUCUGGAAACCGAUCAGUUGGCAGACCACAUCUCAUGGUCCUCUCCUACUCGACCACAUGCGGAAUUAUUCGAAGUACUGCCGGGCAGGACAGAUGAGUGUCAGCUUUAUUUCCGUGUCACCAGACGGGGCUUGUUCAAGGGAAUUUUGGCAUUUGUUUCCGGUGAUCCGGAAUCCAUUUCUUCCACAGACGUAUCCAGUUCGUCGGAAUCGCCACAGUCCGCGUCGAUCAGUGUGGUUGAACACGCUGGCAUACAACCCACAACACAACAAGCCAGUGAUUUGGCUAAACUGAAUGCGGAAAAAACCAAUCAAAUGGAUUCAAUUUAUCGUGUCUGGUACGAACUGGAAAUGUUCGUGAAACCGGGUCAGUCAGUGAAAAAAUAA